AUGAACUGCGUCCGACCGCCAUUGCCCAAAAAGCCCACACGUGGUUUUGCUUGGGCGUGUGGUCCUUGUGGUCGUGCUGCAGAAAGGAGGCUCGAGGCUCGUAACACUCCUCUCGGUGGCAUUGAUGAAGAGGAAGAAGUCGUUGAAGAAGAGGAAGAAGAUCCUGCACUGACAGCAAGCACGCGAGCACCAAGUCCCAGUGGUCCCGAUGUCGCUACUGAUCAGCACCCUGGUACUCAAGCUGAGAUUGCCAUGGCCAAGAUGUGGCCUUUCCGGUACUUGGGUAUCCACUGCAGAGUUGAGGAUGCGCUGCAAUACGACGACCGUGCCAUUUACCCGAGAGCUAGCUCGCGUCUAGGACCACGCCACCAAGCGAAUGUCAAUGUGUGGCAUGGUAGACCAGUUGAACUUGUCAAGCCGGCUGAUAUCAAGAAGCGGUUCGUCAAGGGUGGUGGCCAAAAGAAGGACACAAAACUUACGAAAGAGACUCUGGCCGCAAUUGAGGCGGAUCGGAAAGAACGAGAANNAAAGCGUCCAAAAUGGGUUCAAGACGAGCCUCCAGGUUAUGUUCAUCGAGGAGAGGACUACGACAACGACGAUCCGAGGAAUACGGCUCGACUCAUGUUCAAAAUGCCGGAAGAUGACAACGAACACGCUCCAGCCUCGAACGAGGACUUCAUCGACAAAUUCAUGGACCGCGCCAAAGCUACUGCGAAGUCGCUCAAGUUGCAUACUUGGAGCUCCAAUCUUCAAGACAAGGCGCUUGAGCUCUUGAUUCUGCAUAAGUACAACGCAGACAAGGCAAUUGAACAAUUGUCCAAGGUCGACAAAGCCAAGGAUCUCAAAGAACCUCUACUUACGCCAGAUGAGUUGAAGAGGUUCGAAGAUGGCGUGCAGAAAUACGGUUCAGAGCACCGAUUGGUCCGGCUACAUAUGAAGACCCACCACCCUACAUCUACGAUUAUUCGCUUUUACUAUCUUUGGAAGAAAACACCACGCGGUCGACAGAUAUGGGACAACUACGGAGGUCGCAAGGGACGGAAACGCCAGAACAUGGAUCCUGCUGGUAAGCUUCAAGCUGAGGUCGCCGAUGACUUGGAUGACUCUGCCUUCGACACCGACAAAGCACGAAACCAGAAGAGAGGAUUUCAGUGCAAGCAUUGUUCUACACGACAUUCUCGACAGUGGCGUAGAGCCCCUGGUGUUACUCCUGGCCAGACUGUGCCUUCAGGUGAAGGCAAAGCUAGCAAGGACAAGGGCAAUCGUUUACUUUUGGCAUUGUGUGGAAGAUGCGCUGGACUCUGGAGGCGAUACGCGAUCGUAUGGGAAGAUAUCGACGAAGUCACUAAGAAGGCUGUCCAGGCCGGUGGACGUGCCUGGAAGCGCAAGCUCGACGAAGAGGUUGUGCGCGAGAUUCUGGCUUCAAACGAAGCUGCACCGGAAGAUCAGACUAUUGUCCUUCAAUCAGUCGAAGGAGCGGAGCCGCCGAAAAAGAAGACCAAGCUUGCACCUGAAGGCGCCGAGAAGAAGAAGGCACCCAAGCUUCCGACACCCCCUCCUCCACCGAUCGUACCCGACCAGCCUAGAUGGAGAGAACUGCCGUGUUUCGUCUGCAAUGUUCUCGACUCAGCAGGAGAGCGCCCCAUGGUGUGUUCGCACUGCAAGCUCAGUGUACACAAGAGGUGUUAUGGUCUCUCAACCCAAAAUGUGCCAACAAAGUGGGUCUGCGACCAAUGCACCAACGAUAGGACGCCAGCAGUGUCCACUGAGUAUAUGUGUACACUCUGCCCGAUCGAAGAGACGACCCACGAGAUGCUCGAGACGCCCAGAGUUACCCACAAGAAGAAGUCAGACCGAGAGCGCGAAAAGGAGAGACUCGAGAAGGAGCUCAUGGACAGUGUGCAGCUGGAGUACAACAAGAAGCAAGCCUCUCUCAACCGGCCCAGCAACCCUCGAGAGCCACUCAAGCGCACUGACGGUAACAACUGGGUCCACGUCCAAUGCGCGAUAUGGACGCCCGAGAUCAAGUUCAGCGAAGCCAGCCUUCUGGAAAGAGCGGAAGGAUUCAGUGCCAUUCCAUUGGAACGGUAUGAGGCGACAUGCAAGGUCUGCAAGAAGAACAACCAUGGCGCCUGUGUCUCUUGUCUUCAAUGUCGUGCCAACUUCCAUGUUGGCUGCGCGAUACAGGCCGGGUACACAUUGGGCUUUGAUGUGACACCAGUCAAGGGCUCACGCAAAGACCAAGUUAUCACAGCGACCAUUGGUGGCGAAAGCGGAUCUCUCACAGCCGCUAUCUGGUGUAAGGAACACGCCAUCAAGACCCCGGUUCACCCGAUCAGCGAGGUUGCCGACGACAAAAGCCAAAAUGCUUUACAGGUUUUUGUUGAGAAUUACAAACAGGCAGACCCAACUCUCACUGGAACCGCCCGAAAGGCCAAUUUACUCAGUCAAUCGACGAAACUAGCUUCACAGGCUGUUCCUGCUAACGCAACAGCCAAUCGUCGCAUUUCUACAGCAAGCAACUUGGCGCGAUCGGCACGCAACUCACCAGCAGGAGCUUUUGGGGCCGAUGAGAUGGACGGCGCGAGCUCUGCUGAAGAUGAGCCUACAAAGACGUGUAUCAAGUGCCAUACCGAUAUUAGUCCCAGAUGGUGGACUGCUGAAGAGACGUUGAAAAGAGUCCAAGCCCAGACGCCAGUCACAACACGCAGUGAGGAUAAUCUCAAGGGCUACAGAUGCAACAAGUGUCAUUUCAAGCGGAUUAAUGCUCCGCAAGAACCAUCACCGUCGCCUUCCUCAACNUCGAAAGAGAAUCUCUUUGUCACCCCCGAAGCAGUUUCCCCUCCAGAUAGGUUGGGGUACAGGAAUCGCAAACCAAAACCCGCAGCCACAGGCNNUCAAACUCCUGCCCACGCAGCAACUCCAGUGCAACCACCAGCACCAGUGGAGGCAGUGGGUCAAAUGCACCCUCCGGCUCCUCAAGCAUACCCUGGACAGUAUCAAGUCCCACAUGCACAGCCGAACGGCUACACCCCAGGAAGCGUGCCAGCAUUUGGCCAUGGCACACCACCAACCUUUGCACAACCUAAUGGACAAGCACAGGGUCAACGUCAUCAUCCGCUACCUUUGAGCAACGGAGUUCACGGAGUGCAUCAUCAGCAUCAUGCACCAGUUCUAGCGCCAAUCACCAACGGUCAACAGACUCCUGGCGGUAACAUUGGACAUGGCAGUCCUCCCCCAGGAAUUGUCAGAGCAGCAACACCACGAGACGGAUCAGUGGAUGUGAGAACCAAUGGAGCAAGCGCAAGCCCUAGUCUGAGGAACUUGUUGCAUUAG